AUGUUCCUAGAUAUCCACAUAUCAGGAACUUCUGGUUCCGAAUCUGAAUCGGUGAUUCACCAUUUCAAUCUAUUAGCUCUCCUUCUCUUUGAUUCCAAAAGCUACGGUAAAAUCCUUGAACUCUAUUUUCGACUUUAUCACCUCUGCGCCAAUAAGGAGGCACUUGUUAGUGAGUAUGGGAGAUGGGUGAAUGAGAGUUGGGUGUGGGAUCUGGUUUGGAGGAGAGCUCUCUUUGAUAGGGAGAGAGAGGCCACUAACGAACUCAUAUCUGCCAUUUCUAGUGUGACUCCAAUCGCAGGUAACAAAGAUGGGUGGAUUUGGAAGGCGGCAAGUGACGGGAAGUACUCAACAAAAUUAGCAUAUGCUUGCAUUGAGGAACACAAGAACCGGAGCGCAUUGGCACCAACCGUUAAGGAUCUGCUAAAAAUGUGGGGGACAGCCACUCUCCAAAAGGCAAGAGUAGCUGCAUGGAGGGUUUUGAGGAACCGAAUGCCGACAUGCGAUAACUUGAAGAUGAGGAACAUCCCUUUGGAUGAGGUGGAUUCAAUGUGUAGUGCAUGCUUCCAGCACAACGAGUCGACCAACCACUUGUUUCUACUGUGUCCGAAGACUGAGAAGGUGUGGGACGAGAUUCAGAGGUGGCUUGGGCUAUCCACGAUACGGCCCCAGCUUGUCACCACUCAUUUUGAAUCCUUCACUAACUUAGGCAUGGGGAAGAAAAAUGAGAAGUUCCUUACGGCUCUUUGGAUGUGUACUGUUUGGCAAUUAUGGAAGAGACGAAAUGAUUGCAGGUUUGAUGGUAAGGCGUGGGAGACGAAGAAACUAUUCUUUGAAAUCAAAGCCAUAAUGUGGAGUUGGGUCAAAAUCUUUAAUUUGUUAGAUGUGGAGCCAAGCUUUGCCUCCUAG